CAUGUGCUCUUUCACUGCCACUCUGCCACUCUGCCACACCCAGUUUCUGGAUUUUUGCAUUUUUGCUGCUCCUUCUUCCCAACAGACCAAAAUUUCAAAAACCCAAAUCUGUUCUGGUUGGCUGUAGAGAAGAUCUCGAUUCGCAGAUGCCCUCUUCUUGUUUAUUCAAGCUUGUUAUCUUUCUCUGCUCAUUGGGUUUUGGUUUGGGAGCAGACCCUUAUGUGUUCUAUGACUGGACUGUCUCCUACAUCACUGCCUCCCCGCUUGGGGUUAAGCAACAGGUUAUUGGGAUUAACGGGCAGUUUCCAGGACCAAUUCUUAAUGUUACUACAAACUGGAAUGUUGUUAUCAAUGUGAAAAAUAACUUGGAUGAGCCGUUGCUUCUCACUUGGAAUGGUAUACAAAAUCGAAAAAACUCUUGGCAAGAUGGUGUAUCAGGGACUAAUUGUCCAAUUCAUGCUGGAUGGAAUUGGACAUACGAAUUUCAGGUUAAAGAUCAGAUAGGAAGUUUCUUUUACUUCCCUUCCCUAAACUUCCAGAGAGCAUCAGGUGGAUAUGGUGGAAUCACCAUAAACAACCGAAAUGUUAUUCCACUACCUUUCACUGUUCCAGAUGGAGAUAUUACCCUCUUUAUUACUGAUUGGUAUACAAAGAGUCAUAAGGACCUUAGGAAAGAUGUUGAAAGUGGUACUAGCCUUGGAAUUCCUGACGGUGUCCUCAUCAAUGGAAUAGGUCCCUUUCGAUUUGAUCAGGGACCUAUUGCAGGAGGCAAUUCUUUCCUGACAGUAAAUGUUGAACCAGGAAAAACAUACCGCUUCCGUGUGCACAAUGUUGGUAUCGCAACUAGCUUGAAUUUCAGAAUACAAAAUCAUAACUUGCUUCUAGUGGAGACUGAAGGAUCAUACACAGUUCAGCAGAAUUAUGCGAAUAUGGAUAUUCAUGUCGGUCAGUCAUUUUCAUUCUUGGUUACAAUGGAUCAAAAUGCCACAAGUGAUUACUAUAUUGUUGCCAGCCCCCGUUUUGUCAAUUCAUCUUCAUGGGCUAAAGCUACUGGAGUUGCCAUCUUGCACUACUCCAAUUCUCAAGGACCUGCAUCAGGUCCUCUCCCUGAUCCUCCUAAUGAUUACGACACAUAUUACUCAAUGAAUCAAGCAAGAUCCAUAAGGUGGAAUGUUUCUGCUGGUGCUGCUCGUCCAAACCCACAAGGAUCUUUUAAAUAUGGUGAAAUCACUGUCACAGAUGUCUAUGUUAUCCUCAAUAGACCUGCAGAACUUAUAAAUGGGAAGUGGCGCACUACCCUCAAUGGUAUUUCAUAUAUACCACCUUCAACACCCCUUAAGCUUGCCCAACAGUUCAACAUUUCGGGGGUUUAUAAGCUUGAUUUCCCGAAUAAACUGAUGAACAGACCUGCCAAAGUAGACACAUCUCUGAUUAAUGGUACUUUCAAAGGUUUCAUGGAAGUCAUCUUUCAGAACAAUGACACCACUGUUCAGAAUUACCAUUUGGAUGGCUAUGCAUUUUUCAUUGUCGGCAUGGAUGUUGGAGUCUGGACAGAGAAUAGCAGAAGCACUUACAACAAAUGGGAUGGCGUUGCUCGCUCUACUACACAGGUCUUCCCUGGAUCUUGGACAGCCAUAUUGGUUGUUCUUGACAAUGCCGGAAUUUGGAACCUUCGUGCACAGAAUCUUGACUCCUGGUAUCUAGGCCAAGAAGUUUAUGUCAGUGUUGUGAAUCCCGAGUUUGAUGGAGAUGAAAAAUCUUUGCCUGACAAUACCAUAUAUUGUGGACUACUUUCCUCUUUACAGAAAGACCAGACUCAGAGAGGAGUCAAGUUCUCUAGUGCACCAUCAAUCACCCGUUCGAGCACAACAAUUUUGCUUAUGUUAAUCAUAGCAUGUGCGGCUUUCAUUCGGUAAUCAAGUUACUAUCAGCUAUAAGCAAAGCAAGCACUGCGAUGCUUUCUACCGAACUGGUAUCGAACGCGCAAAUGUAGUUCAAGGGGAUGGUAGAAAUGCAAAACGUAUUGAGACGAGAGUAGGACGUUUGAUACCACCCAUUUAGCAAUAUAGUUGUAAUAUGAACCAUGUAUUGUCAUAUUACAUUGCAAACUAUUUGUAAUUGUAAUUUCAAUUUCCAAAUGCAAGCCGCUUGUAGUCGA